GGAGGCGGGGUGGGGUGGGUCUUGUCCAGCUCAGUUUCUCUUUAACCCCUGGUGGACUUGGGGUGCACUUGCCCCGCUCCGACAGGCCCAUGGCGCAUCGGCUGCAGAUACGACUGCUGACGUGGGACGUGAAGGACACACUGCUCAGGCUCCGCCAUCCUGUGGGAGAGGAAUAUGCCACCAAGGCCCGGGCCCACGGGCUGGAGGUGGAGGCCGCCACACUGGGACACGCCUUCAGGCAGGCCUACAGGACUCAGAGCCACAGCUUCCCCAACUACGGCCUGAGCCAAGGCCUCACCUCCCGCCGGUGGUGGCUGGAUGUGGUCUUGCACACCUUCCACCUCGCGGGUGUUCGAGAUGCCCAGACUGUGGCCCCCAUCGCUGAGCGGCUGUACGAGGACUUCUGUAAGCCGUGCACCUGGCAGGUGUUGGAGGGGGCCGAGGCCACCCUGAGAGGGUGCCGAGAACGAGGUCUGAGGCUGGCAGUGGUCUCCAACUUUGACCACCGGCUGGAGGACAUCCUGAGGGGGCUGGGCCUGCGGGAACACUUUGACUUUGUGCUGACCUCUGAGGCUGCCGGCUGGCCCAAGCCUGACCCCCGAAUUUUCCACGAGGCCUUGCGGCUUGCUCGAGUGGACCCGGCAGGAGCAGCCCACAUUGGGGACAGUUACCACUGUGAUUACAAGGGGGCCCUGGCUGUAGGGAUGCACAGCUUCCUGGUGGUUGGCCCAGAGCCUUUGGACCCUGCAGUCAAGGGUUCUGUACCCCAAGAAUGCCUCCUCCCCUCGCUGUCCCAUCUCCUGCCUGCCCUUGACUGCCUGGAGGGCUCACCUCUGGAACUUUGAGUCCGACGAGGGAAGUCGAGGGAAGUGGCUCCAGCAAACCAGAAAGCUCCUUCCUUCCUGAAAUCAGGCCUUUGCCUCUCUCCCUGCGGCAUCCAAAUGCAUCCUGACUAUAAAGCGGUGAAUGCAGGGCUUUGAGCCCUGCUCCACGCCUCUCAGGUGGUUUAUUUGUCACACCUGUGUCUUCCCCCC